AUGCAAGACGUCAAGCGUCUUCACGUCACACCGUUUAAUCCGGAGCUACUGCCCGCUGUACUACCGCACAAAUUGCAACAGAACGCUACUGAGAUCUCGUUCCAUUUCAUCGAGUCUUCCCCGGAAAAUAAUUACGGCUACCUCAAUUUACCGUCAUCAGAAGCCGAUCAAUUACGCCAAAAAUUGCAUGGUUGUGUACUAAGGGGCCGAAAAAUGAAGGUCGAAGAGGCAAAACCCAAGAAGAGUUCGAAGGGAAAGAAGGUCGAGGAUAGAGUCCCGGAUCUUGCAAGUAAGCAGACUCGUUCAAAGAACACAACAAAUAAGGAAGAUGGAACGUUCCCAGCGGUCGAGCUUCCAGCAAAGCGCAAAGUGAAGCGUGGUUGGACAGAAGCCGACAUGGCCGCAAAAGAGAAUAAGGAUAAACCUAGGAAUGACAGGAAGAAACCUAAAGAAAAAGGUUCUUCCCUCACAGGCAAAUCUGAAUGCCUCUUCAAGACGAAGAUGCCUGUCAAUGCUGCCCCAGGAGCAGUCGGUGACGGUGCAAAGAAGCGAAAGUUAAGGAAUGGCCAAGAGGUCGUAGUACAUGAAUUCCAGAACACAAGACAGCAUGCCGCUUUCCUCAAGGAAGACGACGAUGCCAUAAACGUGAGGCCAGCAAAAGAGUAUGUCGAUGGCAAAGGUUGGGUGGACGAAAAUGAGGACAUAGUCGAAAGGGCCAGGAAGCGGAGAAGGAGCCGGGACUCCGAGGUUGAAAAUGACAGGAACAAGCACGAGUUCAAAAAAGCUUGUGAAAAGUUGGAACUCACGGCUAGGGCAGAAGAAGUCCCAAAUAACCUAGAGGAUGAGGAGACUUCACCAGAUAUCACCUCCAAUUCAGACUCUGAAGCCACUGAAGAUGCAGGUAAAGAUGGGCAACCGCCUACCCGAAUUGAAGGUCUAGGUAUCAGCAAGGUUGACGACGGCGACCUCCAAACCGCACGAGUGGAUAGGCUUUCCAUAAGUCGGUCAUCAGGCUCACCAGGACUUCAGGUACAAACACAAGCUACGUCUGUGCCUUCUGAGGAAGUUCACCCGCUCGAAGCACUAUUCAAGCGCCCUAAAGCAGCUGCGUCGCAUGCACAAACACCGAGAAAGCCUCAUCUUGAAGUCUCCACGUCCUUCAACUUUUUCGAACAUGACAGUGCAGAGUCUGGCGGUGGUGACGCCAGCUUGUUGAUGCCUCAUACUCCGUUCACACAACAGGACUACCGUCAUCGGUUGAUUCGAAGCGCAGCGCCCACACCGGAUACGGCACUUCCCGGGAAAACAUUUGGAGAUGUUCUGGCCGGCCGCCAUGAGGAGGAUCCGGAAAGCGAGGGCGAAGACGAGGAGCAAGCUACUGCCGGAAGGGAAGCACCGGGGCUGGGAAGUCCUGAAGGCAAAGCGAAAGCCGAAGAACAGCCGGAAAGUGAAUUUGCUCAAUGGUUUUGGGAACAUCGAGGGGAAAACAACAGGGCAUGGAAAAGGCGGAGGAGAGAGGUGGCCAAAGAGAGGAAGACAAGGGAUAAGAACGAGAGGAAGGCGUAG